AAGUUCUAUAUUUACCUACACUUAAAAAAUUCUUUAUUCAUAAUGUUAUGUUCAAAUUUUUUUCUAUCUUUUAUUAUUAAUUAAAUAAAGAGAACUUUUAAAAAGAGUAUAUAGAUAACCUACGGACAGAUAUAUUAUCAGAGAAGAUUAUUAUUAUAUUGGGUUUGUUUGAAGACCAAAAGUACCGGUAAACUUGUUCUUUAAAAAUCAUCAUAAAUUAAGUACUGGUAGCAAACGGUCGAGAAUAAAAAACAACUUGAAUUCUCUUGUGACAAAUUUUGACCAAAUAUUUUUUAACCAUGAGUACUUGUGACGAUUACAUUGAUCUAACAGAUUCUUUUACUCUAGUUGAUCAUUGUGCUUUAUCAGAUAUAAUAAUAGAAUUAGAUGCAGAUGAUUCUGUUACUAUUACUUCUGUAAUGAAAAAAAAUAAGAAAAGAAGACGUAAAACAUCAGAGGGAGCACCAACAACUGAAAAAAGGAAAUCUUCAGGUGCAUCUGAAAUAAAAACAAGUGAACCUAAAAAAUUUAGUGCUUGUCCUAUUUGCUGGGACGAGUUAGGUAGUAAUCCAUUAGCAUCAACAAAAUGUGGUCAUGUUUUUUGUUUAAAAUGUCUGGAACAAUAUCUGAAGAUUGAGAAGAAAUGUCCUACUUGUAGACAAGCCUUGAAAGGAGCUAAGGCAUAUCAUCCUCUGUAUCUAAAUCUAAAUUGAAUUUGUUCUUUUGAAAAUGUUAUCUUUAUAAGUAGUUCUUAAAGUUUGAAGCUGGAAUGUCAAUUUUAUUUUAUGAGAGAAAGAUAUUUUAUGUGUGGAUUGAUGGUAAACAUCCAAAGAAAAGUGGAAAUUGCUGCCUGUGGCACUUUUAAAUUUGUAUUCAUCAUAAAAUAAUAUUUUUUAACAUAACGAAGUUAAAUAUGUAUAUAUAAUAUGUGAGACCACCUGUAUUGUUUCAUUCUGACAUGGUAAUUUUUAAUGACAAUAUUUAAACUUAGACUUUAUUAUUAUGUUGAAGUAGGCAGUGUAAGACGAUUCCCCACUAGAUGAAGUGUCCUCAAAUGCAUUGCAUUCAUGAUAUCAGCUAACAGUGAUAUCAGCUGAAGCAGGUGGCUCAGGACUGUUCUUUAUGACAGUCUAUGGGAGAGGCCUAAGUUCUGCAAUGGAUGGAUAAUGGCUGAGAUGAUUAUGUCGUUUAUAUUGAAGUAGGUAUUAGUAUCAAUCAACUAUGUCCAUUGUUAAUUGUUCACUACUGACCAUAAACUUUUCUCAUAGAUUGCCUUCGAGUGGGAGUUGUUAUUGGUCACACUUGGUAGGUGGAGUGGUGACUUCAGCUAGACUACCCAUCCUUCGACCAUUAAAUUCCCUUAGUCACCUCUUUCAACACUCACGAGAAAGAAAGGGUUGGCCCUUCCUAUGCCGGGACUACACAGCACGACAGCUGGUAUUAGUUAUCUCUUUCAAAAGUAGUUACUGAAAAAGCAACAAAGUAUUGUUAAAGUUAUUACACCUAACUGAAAAUAGUACCAAAUUUAUAUAUUCAAGCAAUUAAUUGACUUUUUUAUUGGACUUCAAUAGACUGUUAUAAUCAAGUCAAUUAUUUGUCUGUUUACAUUUUCAUUAAGUUAUAUUGAAAGAAAAGAUUAUACUAUCUAUGUUUUUGUCAAAAUGCGGGAAUCAUAUUUAUAUGAAUUAUUAUAUUCUUAAGAUUUUUGUAGUGUAUGCCAAAUAGUUAAUAAUUAUAUUGGUGUUUCUAUUACUUCAGCCUAACCAUCUGGGAUACUAGACUUCAUUUUAAUAAAGAAUAUACUACAAUACCACGAGACCAUAAGAUAUGUGUUGAUAAUAUGAUACAUUCAUAGAUGUAAAUUUCAACAUAACAAUUUGUUAUGUUGAAAUAUACAUUAAUGAAUGUAGAUAAUUAAUGCGGAUAAAGUAUUUUAUUUUGAGCUAACCAAGCACAGGUCAUUAAUUUAAUUCAUAGAAGUUCACUGAGUAGUUUAGUUUCUAUUAAGUUAUUUUAAAUUUUUGAUAAAAGUAAUAUAAUUUUUAAUACUCACUAGACAUAUUAUUUAUUUAUUGUUGGAAAACUAUGUUUUUUCUUUUAUCAAAAUCUUGUUACGACAAAAUAAAAAAGUUUCCACAGUAUUUAAAUAUGACGAUACGAUAUUUACAGAAAAAUCGAUUAGAUUGUUACAAUGGUAUUUAUUAUUACUUAACUAAGCACAAGUACUUUAAUUGCUUUUAACAAAUCAUAUAACAAAUAUAAAAAAAAUCCUAUUAAGAAGACAACGCAAUGUAUCGUAUCGUAAGAUUUUACUGUGCAAUAGUGCAAUAAACAAAGAAAAAUAGGUAUUGUCUGGAUAGUUCUGUCACCUACUAGUUAUACAAAUGUGUACUGUAAAUUAUAAAUAGUGAUAUGUUAGCUCUGUCAACCACUAGUUAUACAAAAGUGUACAAUUAUUUAUAAUAAAUAGUUAAAAUUGAAAGAAACGUUAAUAUACAAAUAUAGUUAGUAAAAAAGUAGACAGUGCUGAAAGAACUUUUUCAAUUUUUAGCUUUUAAGGAACAGCAAUAACUUUUUAUAUAUAAGUUUCUUAUAAGAUGCAUAUUUUUGAUGGUGUAAGCAUUGUCUCAGACAUGUGUACUUAUAGACAGAUAUAUACAACCAUAUUUUAACGCCAUUUUUAAAUGUAAAAAUCAUAGGUAUUAUAUCAUUUUUUUAUAGUUUUAUAAUAUAUAGCUUAAUAAUUUGGAGUGAUCACUUCAUUACCCUAUAUUUAUGAUUUUAAUGUUUAAUGUUCUAUUUAGGUAUCUAUCUUGCCACUUGUAGCGGUUCUCUGCCAGAGGGAAACUGUACAAAAGUCGAUUGCUUGGGCACCUCUGUCCCAUUCGUGUUUCAACCAUGAAGCAGCUGUUUGCGUGGCUGUUUUUCGGUUUGAAGGGUGGGAUAUGGCGUGAAUUUACUGGGUACAGAGGAAUAACACCUGAGUCCUCAGGAAUGGCAACGCAUGGGGGGUAUCAUGGGCGAAACAGUAUACUCUGUUAUGUCCAUGGUACUACUCAGGUCUAUAGGCGACGGUUACCACUUUCCAUUAGGUGGGCCGUCAGCUUGUUUGCUAUUCUAAGUUGUAUAAAAUAAAAAAAAAAAUCCUCAUCAUUUUUAGAUAUACUGAUCUGAUUGUUGUAUGCACCAUUCUGUAUUUUGACCAUUAUAUAUUAAAUUUUUA